AUGGGCUCUUUUGCUGACACUAUGGCAUUUUUCAGGUUCGCGGAGUACGAUGCCGCUUUCCAAGAGCAGCUCGAGCGGUUCGAACGUCUGAUCAGUUCCGAGGAGCGAUUUUCUCGCCCGUAUCAGACGGGCAUCAGAAUGGGGCUCGACGAUUUUCGGAGUUGGGCGGCAAAAAACCAUGGGGAUAUGAUGCUGUGGUUUGAUGAGGGGGAUGUUUCGAUCCUGGGGCGCCGGGCCAGUCGGACGCACAGGAUUGCUGACGUGGCUGUCCACGUGCUGCAGAGCGGCAUCCGAAACGCGGCCAACGAAGUCCUCCGGAGCAUGCCCGUCCACGGCAUGUUCGGCCGCUUCCCUACCGAGACCGCGUUCUUCGAGACGUCCGCGGCCGCGUUUCGCGACGGCGGCGGGCCGGCCGCGAAGCGCGCGCCCAACAUCGCUUUGCAUGACGGCUUUGAGCCGUGGGCGGAUCGCUCCUGCAUGACCUUCGUCGGGUCCCGAUUGCUCGCGGCAGUGCCCGGUUGCAGUCUAUUCCUGGGGCUGCAGCCCUUCGCGCGCGCACUGGAAGCGGUGGUGAUGUGGCAAGAUCCGGAAGACUCGACCGCGGCCGUUGUGACAGAGUGGGGCAAUCUGGAUUCCAGCCCGCGUAUUCCGUUGUGGAUCAUUUUUGAGGGGGAGCGGAACAUUCCGGCGCAAGUGAAGGGCUCGCACAUGCACGGGCGGACCGUUUUGUUGGACUUGGAGAAGCUGCACUCGUUCUUCUAA